UUGAAUUAGUUUUUUAAUUUCAGGUCAAGUAAAACUUCUAAUAUGGAGAAAGAAGAAAUACACGAAAACGAAAUCCACCUGACCCAAGACGACGGAGUGAUCAAAAGAAUGAUCAGAGCAGGCACAGGCAGAAAGCCUGAAAAAGAAGACGAGGUAGUCGUCCAUUACAAGGGAUAUCUCGAGGACGGAUCUGUGUUCGACUCUACCUAUGAUAAUAAAGACGAAGGAUUCAAGUUCAUCAUCGGGGCAGGUCAUGUCAUUGAUGGCUGGGAAAUUGGAAUCAUGGAUAUGCAAAUUGGAGAAAAAGCAGAUCUCUUUAUUGAGCCUAAAUAUGGAUAUGGUGCAAUAGGCCAUGUUCCUAAAAUCCCAGGAAAUGCCAAACUAAGAUUCACCAUUGAGCUUCUCAAUACACAUGAGAGAAGGCCAACCAAAUGGGUAAUGAGUGACGAAGAGAGGAUUAAAGUCACGCUUAAGCUGAAAGAGGACGGAGGAAUCAAAUUCAAGUUCAAAGAAUUUAAAGAAGCUGAAGGACUUUAUAGAGAGGCCAUUAGUCAUCUGGAUGCAGUCCAGAAUGAUAAUAAAGAAGUUCAAAACCUGAAAAAGACAAUUUUUGUAAAUAUAGCAGUUUGUUGCAAUAAAUCUGAAAGCUAUAUAGAAGCCAUUAGAGCAUGUGACAAGUCAAUAAACAUUGAUGAUCAAAACCCUAAAGCAUAUUACCACCGAGCUAAUGCUAACCGAAAAAUGAAGCAAUUUGAGAAUGCCAUUGCAGACUUGAAAAGUGCCAUUAAGCUUAGUCCCAAGGAUAAAGCUCUGAGGAAAGAAUUCCAAGCAUGUAAAGAUGAAAAGAAGGCUCAUGAUAAGUCUCAGGCUAAGAUGCUGACUGAUUUCUUUGCUGAAGGAGUUUACAAUGAGAUAAAGCCAGAUAUCACUCAUUAUGAAGAGAAACUUCCCGAAUAUGAUCCAUCGAAUCCUAUUGUCUUUCUCGAUAUUCAGAUUGGAGAUAAUGAGGAUAAGAGGGUAGUUUUCGAAUUAUUCAAUAACAACACUCCUCGGGCUGCUGAGAACUUUAGGUGUCUCUGCACAGGAGAGAAAUCAACAGAGGAUAAACCUUUACAUUUCAAAGGAAAUGUUUUCCAUAGAGUAGUAACUGGGUUCAUGGCUCAAGGAGGAGACAUAACCAAUCAAAACGGAACUGGAGGAGAAAGUAUUUAUGGUGGAAAAUUUAAUGAUGAGAAGUUCUGGUACCCACAUUCUCAUGGAGGUGUGCUGUCAAUGGCUACUAAUGGUCCUGACACAAACCGAUCUCAGUUCUUCAUCACCUUCAAGAAGACACCUUGGCUUGAUGGAAGGCAUACUGUGUUUGGAAGGGUAAUUCAAGGAUUCGAUCAUUUUCUGGAAAUUGAGAAAGUAGAAACAGGAGCAAAUGACAAACCUUUAACCCCAAUAAUUAUCACAAAUUGUGGGCAGCUUACUGAGGAGAUACCUCUCUCUGAGCUAGACCUUGAAAGAUACUCUAUCAUUGACAAGGAAGAAGUAUCUGAAGAAAAUAGGAGAGAAAUUUAAACUCAAUUUUUAAUUUCUCAAAC